GCAACAUAAACUGCACCCUGAACUGCUUGAGAAAACUCUUCAUAAACCGCCGGCCGAACAGGAUACAGAUUAUGGAUACGAACCCAUUAGUGCAUCGCAGAGAUUCCAACGCAGUACUGCGACUGUGAAUGACACGGCGCAGAUUCGGGUAUGAAACGUACCGGAUCAGGGGAUGCUACAAAUGAACUCGGGCGCCCGUACUCCCCAAACAUCUCGUCACCUUCUGGUUCGCAGCGCGUUUCUUGCACAUGCAGUUGCAAGCCUACACGAAAAGGCACCACUCGCUGUCAAGGAGAUGAAGGAGAUCAAGAUCCAGCUCUGUCGCAGCAAUUUCCAUUCCAGUUCGGCUGCGGGUUCGUCGCAGGUUGGUGUUCUUUGGGUCAACAUCUGAUUCGACGCUAGUAGUACCUCAAGGCACAC